AUGUUCUUUCAAUGUCCUAUAGCCCCAUGGGGUAAAUUUUGUUUUCAUAAUUGUCAAUCUGCAUGUGUCGGCGAAAUACCUAAUCAAUGUCCAUAUGAUAAUGAAUUAAGUCUUAUUAAAUGUCGUACUGCUAUGACUGAACAAGGUUAUUUAUUUUAUGAAUAUACAAUACCAAAUCUAACUGAAACAUGGUUAGGAUUAAACCAUAAUAAUAAUAAUAAUAAUAAUACUUCAAUGGAUAAGGAUAAUCAUCGUAAUAAAAUAGAAGGUUUCUCAUGUAAAACAGCUGGAUUACAAACACCAAAAAUUCCUUUAACUAUAGUUAAACCCAAUGAUAUUCAAUUGAAUACAAUGGAUCUAUCAAAGACUGAAACAUCAUCAUCAUCAUCAUCAUCAUCAUCUAAUUCUCAUUCAAUGAUAUCUCAUUUGAAUAAAACUAUAUCUAAUGAAUAUAAUACACAGAAAGAUGAAUCUAAUCCAUUGAAUAAUGGAAUGAAUCAAUCGAUUAAACGAAUCAAUUCUGAACUUAAAGGUGGAAGCUGGUUUGUUCUCUCCAACAGAAGGCUGUUACCGAUGGUAUCCGACCAAUCGAUGUUGAGUAUAUUGCAUAGACAACUAUCUAUUAGUAUUUGUACCUUCUUGAUGAUGAUUGUAGUAGUUGUGCAAGUUUCAGCUCCCUACGGUAGAACUGCCUUGACGUUCGGAUUGAAUAUUCUCACUGUGAUAUUGUUUGAGAGUUGUUUUGAGUUGCAUAUGUUCUUCAAUUGUAGGAAUGUGGCUAUUGUUUUGCCAAUCCUCACCUUUACGUCUAUAUCUGAUCCUCCUUGUUCAUCGAUGAUGCUUCCCAGUUAUGUGAAGGAUUCCGCCUUUUCCAGAAUUUCGCCACCAAAUGUGAUUGGGUUGGUGUUCUCCAUGUUGUAUUUGAGGACCUUGGUUUUCCCUUCGUGUAUGUUGAGGCCUGUUGAUGCAGAGACUUCUGAUACACAAGUUGUCUUCAUCUGUACUUUUUCUUGUGUAUGGGAUAAGAGAGCUAGAUCAUCUGCGAAGUGCAGAUCGUUUAAUUGCUUCCGAGCUGUCUAUCGUAUUUCAUGUUUUUCCUUAGAUGUUGAGGUCUUCAUAAUCCAGCUGACCAUCAGAAGAAAGAGGAAAGGACAGCCUUGUCUGACUACUGUCCUUCCUUAGAAUAGAUCUGUCAGCUGUCCUCCAUGCACUACUUUGCACUGUAGUCCGUCGAGUGAGUUCUGGUUAAUGUUGACAAUCUUCUCAGGAACUCCAUGGUGUCGAAGAAGUUUCCAUAAUGUUCUCCUAUCUACACUGUCAAAUGCCUUAUCAUAAGCAAUCAAAUUGAUGUAUAGUGACCAUGACAUAUACCUAUCACAAAUAAUGAAUGCAAUAUACAAAGAUAGUCGUCUUCUCUAAGCAUUGUCAUCAACUAGGAAAGUCUUUAACAAUAUGUAAUAUAAAUAACAUAUGGAUUCGAACCCUAAACAUUUUGUAUACAUUUCCUUGUUUGAUUUCAUGAUAAAUUAAAGAUACAACCACUGACUGAUUAGCAAAAUUAAUCGAUUUUCGAUAAAUAUCAAGAAUUCCAUCGUAUCAAGAUGUGAUAUAAGACUAUGAAAACUUUAAUAAUUGAAUUGAAUCAUUUUAACAGAUCUAUAUUAUCUGGUUAGGGUUCAUUUGAUUAUCCUAAUCAAUAGUUGAAGCUUUUGACUGAUACCACUUGAAAUUGUUUGCAGUAGCUUAUAUACAUUGACUUUUUGUCUUCUUCAUCUAUUACCUAUUCUAUGACCUCUCUCUACUUCGGUAGAAUUCACUCCAACAAUGUCAUUUCUAUGCUAGCAGAUUACAAUGUAUACAUGUACCAGGUUAU